AUGUCCAACUCACCUACCAACUCAUCCACCUCGACCCUCACAAACGAUGUCGAGAGCCAGAAACACGCCCCUUCGAGCACUAAGGUGCCUCACUGGCGCCUCGUUGUCAGCCAAUCACUCGUCACAGAAGAAGUCUUGAACCACCGAUACAGGGGCUCGGGGACAGACGAAGACCCGUACAUCGUUGAAUUCAUCCCUUCCGACCCUCGCAAUCCCAUGAAUUUUCCAGACUGGAAGAAAUGGGCUCUCACCUUGUCCGUGGCCUUUGCGACCCUGGCUGUUGCCUUUGUCUCAACAGCCUACACCGCCAGCACCAAGCAGAUCAUUGAGGCGUUUGGUUGCAGUCAAGAGGUCGCGACGCUUGGUGUAUCUCUGUUCGUCCUCGGGUUCGCUAUCGGACCGCUUCUCUGGGCACCGCUGUCGGAGCUGUAUGGCCGUCAAGUCCUCUUCUUCGGCACCUAUGCCGUUCUUACCGCGUUCAACGCCGGCGCGGCUGGUGCGAACUCGAUCGCCAGUCUGAUCGUGAUGCGAUUCCUUGCCGGCACCUUUGGCGCAUCGCCUCUGACCAACGCCGGGGGCGUCAUUGCGGACAUGUUUCCCGCCAAUCAACGGGGCCUGGGCAUGAGCAUCUUCGCCGCUGCUCCCUUCCUUGGCCCGACCAUCGGUCCGGUUGUUGGAGGGUUUAUCGCCGAGUCGGUCGGAUGGCGCUGGGUCGAAGGCGUUAUGGCCAUCUUCACGGGCUGCCUUUGGAUCUUCGGCGCCCUGGUCAUUCCAGAGACGUAUGCUCCCGUCAUCCUGUCUCGCCGGGCCAAGGCUCUCACCAAGCGAACGGGCAAGGUCUACCUCUCUGCCAUUGAGAGACGCCAAGGCAAAGUGACACCGCAAGCUGCUUUUUCUCAGGCCCUCUCGAGACCAUGGGCGCUGCUGUUCCUCGAGCCUAUCGUCCUCCUUAUCUCCGUGUACAUGGCCAUUUUGUACGGUACGCUGUACAUGCUCUUUGGGGCCUUCCCGAUCGUCUUCGAAGAGCAACGAGGCUGGUCCCAGGGUAUCGGCGGUCUUGCCUUCUCCGGCGUCGCCGUCGGCAUGAUCUCUGGCGUCAUCUACGCCAUCUUCGAUAACAAACGAUACUCGCGCAUCGAAGCGGAAAACGGCGGCGAGGCGCCCCCCGAGGCGCGUCUUCCUCCCGCGGCGGUGGGCGCCGUCGCCAUCCCGAUCGGCAUGUUCUGGUUCGCGUGGACAAAUUACCCGUCCAUCCACUGGAUCGUGUGCAUCAUCGCGUCUGCGCCCUUCGGGUUCGGGAUGGUCAACGUCUUCCUCGCGUGCAUGAACUAUCUCAUCGACGCAUACACCAUCUACGCCGCCUCGGUACUGGCUGCCAACUCUGUGCUGCGCUCCCUGUUCGGCGCCGUAUUUCCCCUCUUCACCGUGCAAAUGUUCCACAACCUGGGCAUCCACUGGGCCAGUUCGAUCCCUGCGUUCCUGGCGCUGGCGUGCGCCCCGUUCCCGUUCGUCUUCUACCGAUACGGCGAGAGCAUCAGGAUGAAGUGCAAGUAUGCCGCCCAGGCCCACGAGGUGAUGCAGCAGAUGAGGUCCCAGACGCGGGAUGUCGAAGUGACCGACGAGGAGGACGAACAAGAGACAGCGGCCGAGAAAAAGGCCGAAGCUCAGACGUAG